AUCUGCUUUUCUUUCUUUUACUGACUACUGCCACCCAUUUGCCUCAACUCUCGUUUUUUUCGGUUUUUAUUCCAUAGUUUUCCCUCUCUUAAAUUAUGGACGGACAUCAUCCUUUGUCGGAGCGGAGAUCCUGUGAUUAUGGUGUCACCAUGCCUCAACUUCCACGAUCCUCCUCCAUGUUGUCACCUCUUCUUCAGUGGUCCUCAACCGAGCCAUUAUUGAGCUCCACCCACUUAUCGCUCGGACCGUUACCACGCCAACCCUGGUCCACCGACCACGAACCGCGCUUAGAUCUGCCUCGUGAAGACAUGUCCCACUUGGUCUCUGAGGACAUCUGGAAUGACUCACCCAACUUUCGACGAUACGUUAAACAACGGGAAGCCUGGUUGAGCGAAUUCUUGCUUUGGUUCCAAUCCGUUCAACAAAUAUGGCAGCUGCAAAAAGCGUAUGCAAAAUUAACUCGACAAUUGAUGCAGCAGACCAACGUUCUGUUAAUCAAUGAUGUUUCGGAACACGCAGCGUCUUUAUCCCAUGAUACGGUACCGCCAUCCGUUGCCGAGCGUGUGAUGGAGGAUAUUCUCCGUCCACUCUACAAGCAAGCUACGUCUAUUCGUAGGAUUCUGGGUAAAUCUCGACAUGGACUGAUUACAGCCAGAAAGCAAUUCGAGCAGGCCUCUGCAAGAUACUGUACCUUACAAAAGACCAGGGGUCGAACAAGUAAAAGAGUGAUGGAUGAUCUAGCUGCCAAUUUAUACAUUUGCAAGCGAACCAUGUGCGAGAUCACUUUUGAGUACAUGAGCGACAUGGCUUCGAUUAUCCAAAAAACGCGCACGCUACUCACAGAGCAUACAUCAACCAUAUUACAAACCUUACAAUCUGAGAAACGGUCCACUAUGAACCACCUGGAAAACAUGGUCCGCUCUUUGCCGGAGAAUAUCGAACCUGUGGCUGACGCACAGAAAUCGCCUUUUGAUCUGGCUUACUCCAGGCCCAUCAGCCCGGCAAACUCUAUGUGUUCUUACAAACCAUCCUUUGCCGACGAUUAUGAGAUUGAUGACCGCUUGUCAUUUUAUUUGCAAGAAAAGUUGGCAGUAUAUCACGAUGAUUUGAAGAUCAAUGUCGCUUCUCAAGAGAAGACUUCGCUGAGCAGGCCUCGGCCGUCUUCUCCGACAUCAUUCAUCUCUUUUCUCAACAAGCCGCGUACCAUGCAUCGCUACAGCAGUUUGGACUCGUUGCUAGUAGAUCCUAGUGCAGCUUUUAUGGCAUCUAAAAUUGUCACCGAAGGUUAUCUGUUUAUGAAGCAAAAGUAUGACGGACAAACCACAUGGCAAAGAUCUUACUUUGAGAUUGAGAAAGAUAGUGGGAUGCUGAUGCAGCGUCAAGAGGAUGGGACGGGCUCGGCCGUUAUACAACUGAGAACGAUGGCAUUCAAAGUACCACAACAAGAGAAACGUGACUUUGUAAUGCAGUUGGUACCGUCCUUCCAAGACAGUGGUAAAGGGGCCAUUUUGCAAGCAGAAACAGCGACAGAUUUUGCCCACUGGUACAAGGCAUUCGUUUCGUGGCGUAGCCUCAAAUGCAAAUCACAGCAAACCAUGCCAAAAGGCCGACGUAGCGCUAUUCCUCCCCCGCGAAACGCGCACACUCGUAGCAGCGAUUCAUUGUUAUCGUUUUCAAGAUACUCAACCAUACAUUCAGACUCGGAAGCUUUGUUUUCGGAUAGUGGAAAGGUGGGCCGUUCGAGUAGAAGCACUUUUCGAUGUCCAGCAGGGUGUGAUACAGAGGCAUACAGGGAUAAAGUUAUCAAAACGGCUACUUUUCGGAUGCGCGAAUCUGCAGGAAGAAAGGAAGACGCCAAAUCCGAUUACUGGCCGUUGGUACAAGUAACGGUGCUUGCCAACGGCAUCUUGCACUUUCACUGUGAAGAUGUUUGGGAUCAACAGGCUUGUUCGACGUGGCAUCACGAAUCGAUUUAUCUUUGCACUCUUUCUCGGCAGCAGAUUUAUUCUGUAGCUAAAUCAGUGUUUCAAUCAUCAUGUUGCUUUGCACUUCGCUCAUCUCCUCUUGACACCUACUACGUUUGGACUAAUACUUGCCAGGAACGUGAUGAGUGGAUGACGCUUCUCAAGAUUUUCUGUGUACCAAGCUUUUUGCUCAAGCCCACUCCGGAUACUAUUGAUUCGCAUUCUUACAGACAAGGCCGAACGCUUACCGUACAAGUGGUGGAAGCAAGACAUGUGCCUAUUAACAACAAGGACCCUCCUUCAAAUGAGCUUUACUGCGAUGUUAUCAUCGACAACGAAAAGAUUGCAAGUACCGGAUGUCUUCAGCGAACAGCCACCCCUUUUUGGCGCGAAGAGUUCGUCUUUAGAGAUCUUCAAAAAAUUCGACGCGGCGUCACUGUUCAUCUCAACAGCAAGCAUGCCAAUAAAACGGAUCGUGGCACAUGCUUAGGAUCGGUCUUUGUUCCGUUGGCUGAGCUCCAUCGGGGACAGGACAUGGUUGAAGAAUGGCAUGAGCUCCGAAAAGAAGGGCGACAUCGCACCUUUUCCACUUUUGCCAGUCUUAGUGGGGUUUACAACCAGAUGCCACUGAAUGGCAUCGAAAUAAAAUUGGCUUUCCGUCUGGAGGAACAAAUUGUUUUACCGUAUGACCAUUACAAACACUUGGUGGAGUUGUUAUCUCGGUUCGAUAAUGAAGCGAUCUAUGAGAUUGCUCGUCAAACACGAAAUCUCGAUAAUUUUGCGCAAAUAUUACUACGUAUCUAUGAGGCGCUAGGCCAGUCUGUGCGUUGGAUCAAAUCAUUGAUCGAUUUUGAAGUCUCUGCCAUGCAUGCCGAUAAUGCCAAUAUCCUAUUCCGGGGUAAUUCCUUGUUGACCAAGGUCUUGGACACCUAUAUGAAGUUGGUAGGAAAAGAGUACCUAGAUCAGGCCGUCGGUGGUAUUGUCCAAACCAUAUGCAAGUCCAAAGUUCACAUCGAGGUCAUACCGAGCCGGUUACCUCACAGUGGCAGCAAUGACUGCCUCAUUUCACAGUGUGAAAAGUUAUCACAUUACGUUCAGCUAGCCUGGAAAAGCAUUGAAGCCUCACAAACUAAAUGCCCUCCGUGAGUAUAAACGGUAGUCUUGCAUGACAUCGGAAUGGCUAACUGUGCGGGACCCUUGCAGUGAAUUACGCGAGAUUUUCUGUCACUUGCAGUCCGCCAUUGUACACAAAUUCGAUUUGGAAAAUAAGGCUUCUGGUAAACACCAGACAACACGUUUCACAUGUGUGAGGUGGGCUACAACAUAUUUAGCUAAAUCAUCGGAGCUUUAUCUGACAGAUGUUGCACCAUUCAUUUCCCCUUCACUUUAGUGGAUUCAUCUUUUUACGUCUUAUCUGUCCUGCGAUCAUAUCACCCAAGCUAUUCGAUCUCGUUCAAGGUAGUAUCUGUUUACCUUGUUGCUUAAGCGUACC